CAGACAUUCCACACAUAAUCAUUUUUGAUGAAGAGUACUUGGCCUUCAGCUACGUUUAAGCUCACUAGUUGUUAAUUAUGGUUUGGGAUCGACCUUCACACUGCAAAUGAAUAACUUGUUGCAAAGACUCAUCACUACUGUCUGUUUAGUCUUGUUUUUAUCUAAGCAAAAAACGACUUAUGAUACAAUCUAGUCAAUUUUAUGGAUAUACAGUCAUGAGCAGUUUAAUGUCUCAAAUUCGUUCCCUAUUUCGUCCUGUGUCAAAAGUUCGGGGAAGUAAUAAUAACUCCGAGGCAUUUUUAAGGAAAGUAAGGUUGUGUCUUCUUACUGCAGUUGCUGGUUAUGACAAUAAGCACACUAAAUAUUCAACGAGGAUUUCGCCGAAAUGGGUUUACGGGGAUGAUGCUUGCUUCUUAUCAGUAACAGAUUCUUCGUACGUCUUAGGUGUCGCUGAUGGUGUUGGUGGUUGGCGGUCGUACGGAGUCGAUCCUGGUCGUUUCUCUAGAGCAGUUAUGAAGAAUUGUGAGCGUGUUGUAAAUUCCGGUCGUUUUAUUCCUGACAAGCUAGAGGUUUUAAUUGCCCAAUGCUAUGAAGAUGUACUGAAUUCCAAAGAACUUAUUUUGGGUAGCGCAACCCUAUGCAUAGUUUCAUUGCAACGUAAUGAACAUAGAGUUUAUGGUGCCAGUCUAGGUGACAGCGGCUAUUUAAUUAUUCGUGAAGGACAUGUGAUUCAACGUUCAGCCCACCAAAAGCAUUCAUUUAAUACACCAUUCCAAUUGUCUUGUCCACCUACGCUUCACUCAAGACGUUUUCAUUGUGAUUUACCUAAUCAAGCUGCCCAAACAUCUGUAGAAGUCAAACCGGGUGACGUAAUUAUCGUAGGCACAGAUGGCUUGUUCGAUAAUUUGACAGAAUCAAUGAUAUUACAAGAGGUAAAAACCAUUGAGUUACUUGCAAACUGUACAAUUGAUAGUUUAAAACAAUGUGCUACACGUCUUGUAGAGCAAGCUCGGAGUGCGGCGUUCGCUCCUGAUUUCGUUUCUCCAUUCGCUAGUGAAGCACGUCGUUACGGUAUAAACAUUGCAGGUGGAGUUCCUGGUGACAUAACCGUCAUUCUAGGAUUAGUUAUUGAGGAGAAACCAUCACCAACUAGUAAUCAUGUAAAAGAAACACGAUCCUCAUUAAAUCAUCAUCAUCAUCAUCAUCACCGUUAUCAUCAUCAUUUACUUUUUCAACCAAAUCGAAGUUUAUCAUGUUUUGAAUUAAACUAUAAUAAAUUUCAUUCAUUCGUUUCAUCCUCUUCAACAUUGCCAACUUCUUCAACUAGUACUAAUACUGCUACGUCUUUUUCUUCAAAAUUAUCUCGAACUUAUUCAUGUCCUUAAUACCUUUUUCUAGUUACAUUCGAAAAAAAAAUCAUAACUAGAUUUAUCUUGUCCUACUGUCUGCUAAGACAGUCAGAUACUGUUUAAGACUUAUCAACUAGUUGACUAUUUAACCUUUUUUUCUCUCACUCUCACACACACAUACACUGCACAUCUUUGACUACACAUAUUGUAAAUACUUUUAACCAAUGAAGUUAGCCAAACAAUUGUUAUCAUUAUUCUCUUACUUUCUUAUAAGUGUUUUAUCUUUUCACAGUAAGUCAAAUAAUCCAUUUGUUUAUAAUGAGGGAGAAUAUCAAUUUAUGUGUAGAGUUGAUCUUAUGUUGUAUAAUUGUAGAAAUCAUAUUUAUCAUAUGUCUGUUUUAUUUCCAAAAAUUUAAUUCCCCUUCUGUUUGUUAUCAGUCUUAUUUAGAACUUUUAUUUCCAUUGUAUAUAUGUGAUACAUUUGUAUGUAUAGAGGACAUUAGUGUGGCUUUGAUUGUUUUUUUAUAUAUUUGUUUUAUCUUGAUUGUUGUAAAUGAUCAAUUUAAUUGGUUGGGUAGAAUUAAUUAAUGGUUGUGCAUAUGCAUAUAUAUUAUAUCUUGUUAACUUUUUUCGUUGUCACUUUCCUCUUUUAUUGUAUUGAUGUGAAGUGUGGCAAUUUCAAUUCGUUAUGAAUUCAUUCCAGUUUCUACGUUAAUGAUAAUCAAUUAAGUUCACGUCUUAAUGUAAACAUCAAUAUUGAGUUGUCUUAAAUUGGACGAAAAGUGUAUCCUGAUUUUCGUUGCUAGAAACUACCGAAAAUACAAUCUUGCGAAGUUCGGUUGGAAACCAAGACUUGAACUAAAUAGAUGUCUAGUAUUUUUUUCUUAUUCAAUCCUUCUCUAACCAAAGCUACAUCAUGAUAAUAAUCAUCUUGGAACUACAUAAAUAUCUACGAAAAUCAGAAUUAAGUAGAGUAAUUUAUAUCAGUUAUGUUUGGUGAUUUUUGAGGAAGUUGGUAGUUAAUCUAAUUUUUUACAGGGAGAAUUGAAUUUUGUGGUGAAUACAUUGAACGUUUUAACUAAAUAAAAUAAUAUUGAUUGAUAAUAAAUAUCAUUACAUAACCAACAUGUAACUUUCGUUCAUCUUCUAUAACUUCGUGCCAGUUGGUAGGAACUGAUCAACAUGAUGUCAUAUUUUUUUAGAAAACAAAAACUUUUAUUUCAUUAAAAACCAUUUAAUUGGUUUUCUGUUUCAUCAGUUCAACGAAAUUUCAUACCUCAAUACUAUUAUGGCGCUCUAAUUUAUGCAUUUGUUUGUUUUAUAUUUAACAUGGAAAUUAUAUCUAGUUUUAGUCAGCU